UGUUAGUGUGUGCGCUGGCCGGACCGGGGGGAGGAGGGGAAUCUCCCGCCAUUUUUCAAUAAUUUCCUCCGGUGCAGCUGAGGACGAGUCGUGACUGCCGAACGCGGGGACCCGUAGCGAAGGUUGGCCGGAGGCUUCGGGGCGGCGCGGCAUUGUGCGUGGGAGUUCUGUGCCCUUGCGUCCCUCUCCAUGGCCCUAGCGCGGCGGCGCCAGCAGUGAAGGAGCCGAGUUCGCGCCGCCCUCUCACCCCUCCCCUCCCCCACCCCACCCCCGGGAGCCAGGCGCUCGCUCCGGGCCGCGGGGCCUAGUGUUACGCCGCGGGCGCGCUGAGGAGCAGCCGCUUUCCACGCCGCUGCCGCCGCCGCGAUGGCGCCGCUCCUGGGCCGCAAGCCCUUCCCGCUGGUGAAGCCGCUUCCCGGCGAGGAGCCGCUCUUCACCAUCGCGCACACUCAGGAGGCCUUCCGCACCCGGGAAGAGUAUGAAGCCCGCUUGGAAAGAUACAGUGAGCGCAUUUGGACGUGUAAGAGUACUGGAAGCAGUCAGCUAACACACAAAGAGGCCUGGGAGGAGGAACAGGAAGUUGCUGAACUUUUGAAGGAGGAGUUCCCUGCCUGGUAUGAGAAACUUGUUCUGGAAAUGGUUCACCAUAACACAGCCUCCUUAGAAAAGUUAGUAGAUACUGCUUGGUUGGAGAUCAUGACCAAAUAUGCUGUGGGAGAAGAGUGUGAUUUUGAGGUUGGGAAGGAAAAAAUGCUAAAGGUGAGGAUUGUGAAGAUUCAUCCUUUGGAGAAAGUGGAUGAAGAGGCCACUGAGAAGAAAUCUGAUGGUGCCUGUGAUUCUCCCUCAAGUGACAAAGAGAAUUCUAGCCAAAUCGCUCAGGACCAUCAGAAGAAGGAGGCAAUUGUGAAAGAGGAUGAAGGAAGGAGAGAGAGUAUUAAUGACAGAGCACGUAGAUCUCCACGAAAACUUCCUACUUCAUUAAAGAAAGGAGAGAGGAAAUGGGCACCUCCAAAAUUUCUGCCUCACAAAUAUGAUGUGAAACUACAAAAUGAAGAUAAGAUCAUCAGUAAUGUGCCAGCAGACAGCUUGAUUCGUACAGAACGCCCGCCAAAUAAGGAGAUACUUCGAUACUUUAUACGGCAUAAUGCAUUACGGGCUGGUACUGGUGAAAAUGCACCUUGGGUGGUAGAAGAUGAAUUAGUGAAGAAAUAUUCCUUGCCUAGCAAGUUCAGUGACUUUCUGCUUGAUCCAUACAAGUACAUGACUCUCAACCCCUCUACUAAGAGGAAGAAUACUGGAUCUCCAGACAGGAAGCCCUCAAAGAAAUCCAAGACAGACAACUCUUCUCUCAGUUCACCACUAAAUCCUAAGUUAUGGUGUCAUGUACACUUGAAGAAAUCCUUGAAUGGCUCACCACUCAAAGUGAAGAACUCAAAGAAUUCCAAAUCUCCAGAAGAGCAUCUGGAGGAAGUGAUGAAGAUGAUGUCGCCCAACAAGCUACAUGCUAACUUUCACAUUCCUAAGAAAGGCCCACCUGGCAAGAAAUCAGGGAAGCAUAGUGACAAACCUUUGAAAGCAAAGGGCAGAAGCAAAGGCAUUCUGAAUGGACAGAAAUCCACAGGGAAUUCCAAAUCUCCAAAAAAGGGCUUGAAGACUCCUAAAACCAAAAUGAAGCAGAUGACUUUGUUGGACAUGGCCAAAGGCACUCAGAAGGUGACACGAGCCCCGAGGAAUUCUGGGGGCACACCUAGGUCCUCUAGUAAACCUCAUAAACAUCUGCCUCCUGCUGCCCUCCACCUUAUCGCCUACUACAAAGAAAACAAAGACAGGGAGGACAAGAAGAGUGCCCUGUCCUGUGUUAUCUCCAAAACAGCUCGUCUCCUCUCUAGUGAAGAUAGAGCUCGUCUCCCAGAAGAAUUGCGAAGUAUUGUUCAAAAACGCUUUGAGCUUCUAGAGCACAAAAAGAGAUGGGCUUCUAUGUCUGAAGAGCAGCGCAAAGAAUAUUUGAAAAAGAAACGAGAGGAGCUGAAAGAAAAGUUGAAGGAGAAAGCCAAGGAACGGAGAGAGAAAGAAAUGCUCGAGAAACUAGAGAAACAGAAGCGGUACGAGGACCAAGAGUUAACUGGCAAAAACCUUCCAACAUUUAAAUUGGUGGAUACCCCUGAAGGGCUGCCCAAUACACUCUUUGGGGAUGUGGCCAUGGUGGUGGAGUUCUUGAGCUGUUAUUCUGGGUUACUCUUACCAGAUGCUCAGUAUCCUAUUACUGCUGUGUCCCUUAUGGAAGCCUUGAGUGCAGAAAAGGGUGGCUUUUUAUACCUGAAUAGAGUGUUGGUCAUCCUCUUACAGACCUUGUUACAAGAUGAAAUAGCGGAAGACUAUGGUGAAUUGGGAAUGAAGCUGUCAGAAAUCCCUCUGACUCUGCAUUCUGUUUCAGAGCUGGUUCGGCUCUGCUUGCGCAAAUCUGACAUUCAGGAAGAAAGUGAGGGCUCAGACACAGAUGACAACAAAGAUUCAGCACCAUUUGAAGACAAUGAGGUACAAGAUGAGUUCCUAGAAAAGCUGGAGACCUCUGAAUUUUUUGAGCUAACAUCAGAGGAGAAACUGCAGAUCUUGACAGCACUCUGCCACCGGAUUCUCAUGACAUACUCAGUGCAGGACCACAUGGAAACCAGGCAGCAGAUGUCUGCAGAGUUAUGGAAGGAACGGCUUGCUGUAUUGAAGGAAGAAAAUGAUAAGAAGAGAGCAGAGAAACAGAAACGGAAAGAAAUGGAAGCCAGAAAUAAAGAAAAUGGAAAAGAGGAGAAUGGGUUAGGCAAAGCUGAUAGGAAAAAAGAAGUCGUGAAGUUUGAGCCCCAGGUAGAUAUGGAAGCUGAAGACAUGAUCAGUGCCGUGAAGAGCAGACGGCUGCUUGCCAUUCAGGCUAAGAAGGAGCGGGAAAUUCAGGAGAGAGAAAUGAAAGUGAAACUAGAACGUGAAGCUGAAGAAGAACGAAUACGAAAGCACAAAGCAGCUGCUGAGAAGGCUUUCCAGGAAGGAAUUGCCAAAGCAAAACUAGUCAUGCGUAGGACUCCAAUUGGUACAGAUCGAAACCAUAAUAGAUACUGGCUCUUCUCAGAUGAAGUUCCAGGUUUGUUCAUUGAGAAAGGCUGGGUACAUGACAGCAUUGACUACCGAUUCAGCCAUCACCGAAAAGACCAUGCAGACUCUCCUGAUGAGGAUUACUGUCCCCGUAGUAAGAAAGCAAACCUAGGCAAAAAUGUAAGCAUGAACACACAACAUGGACCAGCUACAGAAAUUGCUGUAGAGACCACUAUACCCAAACAGGGACAGAAUCUAUGGUUUUUAUGUGAUAGUCAAAAGGAACUGGAUGAGUUGCUAAACUGCCUUCACCCUCAGGGAAUAAGAGAAAGUCAGCUUAAAGAGAGACUAGAGAAGAGGUACCAGGACAUUAUUCAUUCUAUUCAUCUGGCCCGGAAGCCAAAUUUGGGUCUAAAAUCCUGUGAUGGCAACCAGGAGCUUUUAAACUUCCUUCGUAGUGAUCUCAUUGAAGUUGCAACAAGGUUACAGAAGGGAGGACUUGGUUAUGUGGAAGAAACAUCAGAAUUUGAAGCUCGGGUGAUCUCACUAGAGAAACUGAAGGAUUUUGGCGAGUGUGUGAUUGCCCUUCAAGCCAGUGUCAUAAAGAAAUUUCUCCAAGGCUUCAUGGCUCCCAAGCAAAAGAGAAGAAAACUCCAAAGCGAAGAUUCAGCAAAGACUGAAGAGGUGGAUGAAGAGAAAAAAAUGGCAGAGGAAGCAAAGGUCGCAUCUGCUCUGGAAAAAUGGAAGACAGCAAUCCGUGAAGCUCAGACUUUUUCCAGAAUGCAUGUUCUACUUGGGAUGCUUGAUGCCUGUAUCAAAUGGGAUAUGUCAGCAGAAAAUGCUAGAUGCAAAGUUUGUCGAAAGAAAGGUGAGGAUGACAAGCUGAUCUUGUGUGACGAGUGUAAUAAAGCCUUCCACCUGUUUUGUCUGAGGCCGGCCCUCUAUGAAGUACCAGAUGGUGAAUGGCAGUGCCCAGCCUGCCAGCCUGCCACUGCCAGGCGCAACUCCCGUGGCAGGAAUUAUACGGAAGAGUCUGCCUCUGAGGACAGCGAAGAUGAUGAGAGCAACGAAGAGGAAGAAGAGGAGGAGGAGGAGGGGGAGGAAGAUUAUGAGGUGGCUGGUUUGCGACUGAGACCUCGAAAGACUGUCCGGGGCAAGCAGGGUGUCAUCGCCCCUGCAGCAAGGCCAGGCCGACGACCAGGUAAGAAGCCGCAUCCUACCAGGAGGUCUCGGCCGAAGGCGCCACCUGUAGACGAGGCUGAGGUUGAUGAGCUGGUACUUCAGACCAAGCGGAGCUCCCGGAGGCAAAGCCUGGAAUUGCAGAAGUGUGAAGAGAUCCUCCACAAGAUCGUGAAGUACCGCUUCAGUUGGCCCUUCAGAGAGCCCGUGACCAGAGAUGAGGCUGAGGACUACUAUGACGUGAUCACCCACCCUAUGGACUUCCAGACAAUGCAGAACAAAUGUUCCUGUGGGAGCUACCGCUCUGUGCAGGAGUUUCUUACUGACAUGAAGCAAGUGUUUACCAACGCUGAGCUUUACAACUGCCGAGGCAGCCAUGUCCUAAACUGCAUGGUGAAGACAGAACAGUGUCUGAUGGCUCUGUUGCAUAAACAUCUUCCUGGCCACCCAUAUGUCCGUAGGAAACGUAAGAAGUUUCCCGACCGGCUUGCUGAAGAUGAAGCGGACAGUGAGCCAGAGCCCGUUGGACAGUCCAGGGGACGAAGACAGAAGAAGUAGAGAGGCAGGGGCCCUGGUGAUGGUAUCAGUGAGUGCCAUACAGAAUUCUGUGUUCACCAGCAUCAUGAAACAGUUGUGGUCUGUUGAGUUGAUCUUGGCAGAGUAAAGGGAUAUGUCCUGUAGCCAUUCCUGAGUACCCCUCCCCUUCCUUGUGACAGCUCUCUCCCCACUCCCGCCCCACCUUGCCCCCUGGAAAAAAAACCCUAAGGCACUUCACUCAGAGACUGGAGCCCUGCUUGUAACCAUGCAUAUAACCUUUACUUUGAUGGGUCUGGCCAGAGGGGUGUUGGAGCCCAGCCCACCCACAUACCAGACAAGCUCUUAGGGGAGCAGAAGAAAAGCAGGAAGAAUUUAAAUGUUUAAUUUUUUUUAAAUUGACUUUUCUAGUUAUUAAAAGUUGCUUGUUUCAGCAGUGAUAUUGUAUAAAGAACAUCUUGUAAAAAUAUUUCUGUCAUCUUGCUUUGGCACAUGUACAGUACAGUUUAUAUGAUAACGUGUUUGCUUUACUUUGCCCAGUCUCCUCCCUUGGCCCAUCGUCUCUCCUUUAGAGAAGUUGGGUUGGGGUUCAUCAGGGCCAGCAGUGGGGACCUGGUCAUGGACGAUCCCUCUGCCUGCCCUGGUGGCUGUUUCCGCCGCCUCUGUGUGCAGUGCCCCUGCUGUGCUGUUCUGGCCUCAGACUCAGGCUCCCCGGGAACCUGAAUCUCUCAGUGCUCAGUGCCGGGGUGGGGGGCGGAGGGCAGGAGGAGGGGCUCCACGGCCCCUUCCCACAGUGAGUCUAGCACUAGUAGUUAUGUUUAGGCAGAACUUUGUAGUCUUCUUUCCCUUUUAUGGCAGAUUUUGAUAAAAACACAAAACAGGGUUUAAUUUCUUUUUCUGUCAGCUUUGAAUUUGGAAAAAUGGGAGCACCUAAGCUCUUCUGUACCUAUUUAAAGUAAGGGAAAAGAAGUCCACCAAGGGGAUUGAAGCUCACAGAACCUGAGAAUUAAAACCUCUUAAAGUGAAACUUCAAGGUGUGAUCUUGUCCCCUGGCCUCCUUGCCUCCUUGGGGUUUGCUCCAGGGGCUGCUGGAUAGGUUUACCAUCCUGGCUCCCCCAGGCUUGGAGUUAGCACUGACGUUACAAUUUCACAAUCCCAGCCGUGGACACCUGCCCUGCCUCUUACCCUAGAGCCAGUCUGUUCUUGUUAACAGUGAGAAUUCCGUGUUCCCACUUCAGUGACACCUGAGUUUUGUUGUUUUUCAAGUUGUCCUUAAGGAGGAAGGGCCCCAUUAAAGGGUAAACUUGUAAUAAAUUGGAAUUUCAAAUAAACAUUAUGUACUUGUGUUUAUAAAGAAGAAACAAUUCU